AUGCCUCAAUCCAGCGCCGACGCGGCGUUGGCUCGCAUGGGCUACAAGAGCGAAUUGCCUCGCAAUCUGAGCAUGCUGAGUAUUCUAGGACUCUCCUUCGCCAUCAUGGCCGCCCCCUUCGGCCUCAGCACCACCCUCUACAUCACCCUCACCGACGGCCAGUCCGUCACCAUCCUCUGGGGCUGGGUGCUCGUCGCGCUCAUCUCCACCGCCAUCGCCGCGUCGCUCGCCGAGAUCUGCGCCGUCUACCCGACCGCCGGCGGCGUCUACUACUGGAGCGCCAUGCUGUCCACCAAGGAGUGGGCGCCCAUGAUGUCCUUCAUCGACGGCUGGCUGACCCUCGUCGGCAACUGGACCGUCACCCUUAGCAUCACGUUCUCCGGUGGGCAGCUGAUCCUCAGCGCCAUCUCGCUGUGGAACGAGGACUUUGUCGCGAAUGCCUGGCAGACCAUCCUGAUGUUCUGGGCCGUCGUGGCCGUCUGUGCCGUGGUCAAUAUCUUCUUCUCGCGCUAUCUGGAUCUAAUCAAUAAAGUGUGCAUCAUCUGGACUGCGGCGAGUGUCGUGAUCAUCUUGGUCGUGCUGUUGUCCAUGGCGGAUAAUCGGAGAGAUGCCGCGUUUGUGUUUGGGCAUUAUGAUGCGUCGGAUAGUGGUUGGCCUGCCGGAUGGGCCUUCUUCGUCGGUUUGCUGCAGGCAGCAUAUACUCUGACGGGAUACGGCAUGGUGGCCGCCAUGUGCGAGGAGGUGCAGAACCCGCAUCGGGAGGUCCCCAAAGCCAUCGUGCUGUCCGUGGUGGCCGCCGGAAUCACGGGCCUGGUCUACCUCAUCCCCAUCCUCUUCGUCCUGCCGUCCGUCAAGGAGCUCCUCGGCGUCACCAGCGGCCAACCCAUCGGCCUGAUCUUCAAGACCGCCACGGGCUCCGCCGGCGGCGGCUUCGGCCUGCUGUUCCUCAUCCUCGGCAUCCUCAUGUUCGCUGGCAUCGGCUCCCUGACCGCCGCCAGCCGGUGCACCUACGCCUUCGCGCGCGACGGCGCCAUCCCGGGCUUCCGCCUCUGGCGCACGGUCCACCGGCGCCUCGACGUGCCCGUCUACGCGAUCUUGCUCUCCUGCGCCGUCAUCUGCCUCCUCGGCCUCAUCUACUUCGGCUCCACCGCCGCGUUCAACUCCUUCACCGGCGUCGCCACCAUCUGCCUCUCCACCUCGUACGGCCUGCCCAUCCUGAUCUCCAUGAUCCGCGGCCGCCAGGACGUCAAGCGCUCCUCCUUCUCGCUCGGCGCGUUCGGCUACACCAUCAACGCCAUCACCAUCGUCUGGAUCGUCCUCGCCGUCGUCCUGUUCUGCAUGCCCGUCUCGCUGCCCGUGACCGCCAGCUCGAUGAACUACGCCAGCGUCGUCUUUGCCGGCUUCGCGGUCAUCAGUAUCGGCUGGUAUAUCGUGUAUGCGCGGAAGCAUUUCACCGGCCCGCCCAUGUCGGCUGAGGAAGUCAGGGCGCAGCCGGUGAUGACGGGGAAGGCCGUUGUAGACGCGGAGCAUGCCUGUGCCGAUGAAUUGGCCGUUGCAAAUAAGGCGGAGCAAUGA